ACUAAUUGUGUGGAGCUGAACACAUCUGAAGUGCGAAUGCAUCCCGAGGAAUAACCAAAUGACGUGUAAAAAGCGAUCGGAGUAUCUAAAAGUUGUCCCACCCCGACUUUAAAUAAAUCUCACUCGCCUUGUCGGUUUCCCUCCCCAUUUAAUUCGUAUCCGUGUCCCCUCUUCUCCUCCGUCAAUCCCCAAAAUUCGAAUAAUACGCGACAAUGGGACCCAAAAUCCGAAUCCUCUGCCUCCACGGCAAAGGCACAAGCGCCCUCGUCUUCAGAUCGCAAACAACCUCCUUCCGCACCCGCCUCAAUGACCUCCCCUUAGAAUUCGACUUCAUAGACGCCCCCCACCCCACCACCCCAGCCGCCGGAAUCGACCUCUUCUACGACCCCCCCUACUACGCCUUCUGGCCCGAUGACACCCUCUCCAACGUGCACAGCGCCCGAAAAUGGCUCCUAGACCACAUCGCCACGCACGGGCCCUACGACGCCGUAAUGGGAUUCUCGCAGGGCAGCAUUCUGGCCGCCUCAACGCUGCUGUGGCACGCGUACGAGUCCCCAGGCACUCCGCCGCCGUUUAAGGCCGCCAUAUUUAUCUGCGGGGGCGCACCGUUGGGGGUUCUUGAGGAGGUGGGGUACGAGAUUCCGCCUGAGGUGAGGGAGUGGGAUUUGGAGAGUAGGAGGCGGUUGGCAGCUGUUGCGGAUAAGAAGGCGAUUCUUGCAGCAGGGUCGGCGAGGUGGAAGGAGGAGGAGAUUGACGUUGAGGGCGUCAGGGGGAGUUUGGUGGGGGAGGUUAAGAUUCAGGUGCCAACGGUGCAUGUUUAUGGGAGUAGGGAUCCGAGGUAUGGGGCGGGCGUGUUGUUGUCCGGGGUUUGUGAGGAGCGGAAGAGGAGAGAUUUCAACCACGGGGGUGGGCAUGACAUCCCCCGGGGGCAGGUGGUUAGUGAUAAGUUGGCGGAGUUGGUGAGGUGGGCCCUUAGGGAAGGGCGUGUUUGUUAGAUUUUAGAUAUACGUUACGGGACAUUGGUCUGUUGAAUAGAUCGGGGUUGGGGUUUUGAUAGACUGUUAGUGUAGCGAUACCUGGUGUAGCUUGCUGGAACGGUGUCACUGUGUCGGUCGUGACUGAUACGUGCUGUUAA